CCAUGGGUCAGCUAGGGGAAGAAUCAGACAACUUGUCUCUGCCAGUUACCCAGGAAGGGAUGUAGAUGCAAGGGAGGACAGUAUGGGGUGUAGGUCAAAUGCAGAUAGAGUUUAAAUAAGUGUGCAGAUGAGCCAAUGAGCUAUGCUGUAAUGUAACGUUGACCUCAACCACAUUCUCAGAGAGACUCUGUUAGAAGGUUGGAACUAGAGCAGCUUCAGCUAGAGAUGCUUGCUGCAAGAUCCUUGUCAGGCAAACAUUGUUUGAUAAAACUCCGUAAGGUCUGGCCUGAGGUUACCCGAAGAACAGAGUAGCAUGUAGUGACAGUGGUGGAGACACCAAUUGAGAGUUUCGUCAGGAGAAUCUGAAGAACCUUGACGCAAGAUUGCAAAGCCACGGGCAAAAAUCCUAAAAAGGUUUUCCAUUUAACCUCGACUUGAAAACUCACCAGAAGUGAGGAAAGUGAGCUUCACAAACCUUCCUGAAGAUAUUAACAGAGUCUGGGUGCUGUUGUUGUGAAACCACAGUUCAGUGAGGGGCUAGUGAAUCAACACUUCACCAUGGUCAAAGGAAAAGAGCAGAACCUUCAACUUUUUUGCUUCCUGGUCAUCGGGCUUAUUUCCUACGCUGCACUUCAAGCAGGUGCUCAGAAUUCAUGUCAGAACAGUUGUGGACAAAAGCUGGCUGAUUGUUCCUGUCAUGUGACUUGUGAAUCGUUGGCUACAUGUUGUCCAGAUUACAGGGACUUCUGUCUCCGUGUGUCUCCUCAAUCUGGGACCUUAAUGGGAGGAGCAGAUUUUGUCAUUGUUAAUGCAACAUUUAAUGCUCAAGACAAGAUAGUUUGCAAGUUCAAGUCAGACAUUCGUACCAAAGGUUACGUCGAUGCUGAAAAUAGGGCUCACUGCAUCUCACCAUUGCUGUAUGAAAAUGGAAGGAUACCAUUCAAGUUGUCAACAGAUAAUGGAACAACCUUUGAGCGCAGCGGGACAUGGGUGUCAGUACAUCACAGCAAAUUUUCAUCCCAGAAGAAAAGUACCUUGGUGAAUGAAACCAAAUGGCAGUAUUAUGGCACGCCCAACAUUUCAGGGAAUCUGACUCUGCUUUGGAACACAUCAUUGAUCCCAGCAACUUCUGUAAACAUUGAACUCUGGGGCUACCGAGAAACAGGUACACCAUACUCAGAAUCCUGGGAAGGGAAAUGGAGUUACCUCUACUCACUUGGAAAAGCUGUACAAAACAACGGGUGUUUCACAUUCACCCCUAAAUCGGCUGAGAAACCCUAUUCUGAAUGGGAGAUUGGAAUGCUGCGCCUCACUUCCGAGGAUCAAACAGAUGGGGCGCUUAAUGUUAGAGCGUUAUGGAGCCCAAGCCACGCUCUAGCUUGGCAUCUGGAAGAAAAGUUCAGAGAAGACUCAGCUGCCUGGGCGUACAAGAAAUGUUUGGCCUGGCACAAAAGUGAAGAGAUGCUGCCAAACUUCCUGUUGGAGAUUGCAGAUUGCCCUUGUACCCUGGCACAGUCAAGGGCAGAUACAGGAAGAUUUCAUACAGACUAUGGGUGUGACAUUGAGAAGGGGAGUAUAUGUACCUAUCACCCAGGAGCUGCACACUGUGUUCGAGCCAUCCAAGCGAGCCCCAAGUAUGGAGCAGGACAGCAGUGCUGCUAUGAUGCCCAAGGCAGACAGAUUCUAACUGGAGACUCUGUUGGAGGCAGCACCCCUGACCGAGGGCAUGACUGGGGCUCCCCACCGUAUGAGAGACCCCCAAGAAUUCCCGGCUUCUCUCAUGGACUCUACGAUGUGAUGAGCUUUUAUUACUGCUGCUUGUGGUCUGAUAACUGCCAGUAUUACUUCCUGCAUCGACCUUCUAGUGACUGCACAACCUACAGACCUCCAAAAGCCGCCACAACAUUUGGAGAUCCACAUUUCUUUACUUUUGAUGGGGCAAACUUUACCUUCAAUGGGAGGGGCGAGUACAUGCUGGUCACAGGAGAAAGAAAUGGCACAAAUGUUACAAUGUUACAAAUCCAAGGAAGGACCGAACAAAUCAAGACUGCAAAUGGAACAUAUGCAAAUGCGACAGGCUUUACAGCUGUUGCUAUGCAGGAAGGUGACUCUGAUGUGAUUGAAGUCCGUGUUACAGCCCAUUCUAGUGAUGAUGCUUUGGAAGUGCUGGUCAAUCAUGAGAUUGUAACCUUCAAUGAGCAAAACUGGAUGGAUCUUAAAGGUGUUUUUGUAUUUUCGGAUACUGCGCAGAAUGUUACUGUCAUGUUUCCUUCUGGAGCUGGCGUGGAAACACGAGCUAGGGGCACACUCUUGAGUAUCACAGUUCUUUUACCGGACACAUUUGUGAACUGGACGGAAGGUCUCUUUGGAGUAAUGAAUAACAACACAGAUGAUGACUUCACCUUCAGAAAUGGCUCAGUUCUGUCGGCUGAUGCCAGUCCAGAAAUGUUCUACGAACUGGGUGCCAGCUGGGCAAUUGAAAACAAAAGUUCUCUCUUCACUUAUGACAGCCAGUUCUUGCUGAACAAUUACCUCCAUGCUCCAAAGCACGACCCAGAUUUCACUCCCAUUUUCUCAGUGACAGAUGACCCUGCAGAUCCAUUCUAUGUCAAAAUGUCGGCCCUGUGUCAAGGGAACAGCUUUUGCCAAUUUGAUACUCUUGUAACUGAGAACCUUCAGAUGGGAAAUGUGACAAUGGCCUCCUACAAGAGUUAUGUUAAGUUGGUUGAAAGCCUUGAGCCAGUGAUCUCCUGUGGGUUUCUUGAUGAACCCAAGAAUGGAGCAAAGAAAGGGGACCUCUACUUGAAUGGAGCGUCCGUAAAUUUCACUUGCAAUCAGGGUCACAUCCUCUCGGGAUCAGCUAGCCGCACAUGCCUGCCAACUGGGCAGUGGUCUGGAGAGCCAACCUUUUGUAUGUCUGAGAACAUUCUGGGCAUCGUGCUAGGAACUAUACUCGCUGUGUUUUCCCUGGUUGUAAUUGGAGUAAUCUUAUGCGUGAAUGAAAAGCGUAUGAAAAUGAAAAAAGCCAAAAUGGCUGCCACUCCUAACGUGUAUCAAAACACCAGCACGGAGAAAACUGAGAACAUGUGACCCUAGGGAAUGAUCCCCACCCCCAGCCCCACCCUUGGCAAUGGACAGCCCCUCCCCCGAUUUGCAGUCAGCCCAGCAAGCACUGUCUGGGAGAUGGAUCUCUCUCGCUUUUUAAUUUCAGAAGCCUUCGGAAAAAAAGGGGAUCAUGCAUUUUUGAGAACGCGUCGGAUAAUCUUUCAGACAGCUGUGGGCCCACUGUUGACAAAUUAAUUACGCCUGCGUGCUGGUUAGAGGAAUUGAAAUUAUCUUCUUUUUUUCUAAAUAUAAUGCCUGCGUACACUGGGUUUGACCAAAUCAUUCAAUAGGUUCAGCCUGUAACAAUAUCAACACCAGCCACAGGACCAAUUGCUCGGUGCAAGGCUGGCCUGGUUGACAGGAUUGGAAGCAUUGAUUGCAAUCUUGUCUGCUGUGAACACUGCACUUUCUCUUCCUUCCUCCACUCUCUUUGGUUCAGCAACAAUCCUCAGUGUUGGCUUUACUUUGAGGAGUGCAGAGGAGGGGGAGACGAGGGCAGCCCAGUACUUUGCUGUUGCACAGAGAGAUCCUGAAGUGAGUCGUAGAACCCACAUCAAAGUUGAGGAGCCCAUCAGGCAUCCUUGAUUUGAAUAAACGAGCCCUCCUCUCCCAUUCUAAACCACUUCUCAGUGCCUGGUCCAUGCUCUCCCAGGUAACAGUGCUUCAGGUACAGACCAAUAGUCCUUUUACAUGGGAUGAGAGUUUCAGUCACAAACACCAAACUGGCCAGUGAAUUCCAGGCUCCCACCACACUUUGGGUAAAAAAGAUUUCCCUCACGUCCUUCAAAAAAUCCCCUUCAAACUUGUGCUGUCUGGGAAUUGACCUCUCCAUGAGAGGAAACAAACUUUCCUUUUCCAUGUCCCUCAUAAUUAUGUACAAUCAACUAAAAUGCCCCGCAGACUCCUAAGGAAAGCACCUCUAGUCCAUCCAGUCUUUGCUCAUAGCUGCCAUUUGCAAGCUCUGGCAACAGUCUUGUAAAUCUCCUCUGUCCUCCCUCUGUUUAGCAAUUUUAAAAAAAUUCACUCAUGGUAUGAGAGUGUCGCUGGCUCGGCCAGCAUUUGUUGCUCAUCCCUAAUUUCCCAGGUGAGAGUCAACUGCACGGCUGUGGGUCUGGAGUCACAGCUAAGGAUGGCAGUUUCCCCUUCCCUGAAGGGCAUUGGCGAACCAGAUGCAUUCUUUCUCAAGAAUCAGGCUGUCAAUUUCAGGUUAUUUUCUUAGUGAAUUCAAAUCAGGGUAGUGGAUUUUAACCUGCGUUCCCAGAACACCAUCUAGUUCUCUGGAUAAACAGUCCAGUGAUAAUACCACUGGGCCAUCGCCUCCCUGAAAUAUGUCCUUCUAGUAAUGUGCUGACUGCAAAAUGAAGUCCAUAACUCUUUCUAACUUCACUAUAAAUUUAAUUUCUGCACUUGUCUUCUAAUUUUGUUUGAGAUUCAGGAAAUAGUCCACUAGAUCUCCAUUGGUUUGUUGUCUUUUUCAAGGGGAGCACACUUUAUGAAUCAUGUGACUUUUCUGCACUCCAAGUGCCACAUGCUGGUGCUGCUUUUCGCAGUUUUAGCACAAUAAACACUCCAGAGGCUGACUGAGCAAAAUGACGCCGUGGAAUUUCCUCCGCACUGCCUGUAUAAACUGGAAUUUGCAAUGCAUUCAGAAUCCUGCUGUCAGGACCAAACGGGGGUCUUGAAGACCCAAUUGCAGGCACCGCACCACCGGUGUCAAUUGUCCCAGAGGUGCUGGAGAGUUGGCUGCCCUCACUGUCCCAUUGAGAUUGGGCUCCCGGUGCUGCUAACCCUGGCAGCGGUGGAGCUUCUAUCAGCCCCAUUGGGAAAGAUAGGGACCAGAAGGGCACCUUGACCCAGAACUGCCUUCAGAGAGAUACGUUCUGAGGUCCAAGGCCGUUCAGCCCACAAAUCAUGCUCUGGGUGGUUCUUUGGGUUGGAAGUGUGGUCACAUCCUCUUUAACAUUUGGAGGCUUGGACACUGGUGGCAGCACAGCCUGCCAUAGAGAGGGCACCUCCAUGAAGUAGCUACUUCACCAAUGGCAGAAAAUGCCAGCAAAUGCUGUCACCCUCAAGGCCCCCUAGUUCAGACCUUAACAAUCUGAAUAUACAACCUAUUUUACCCCCUCCCUGCCCCUCAAAGUUUGCAGGGAAUGCGUUGGUGGGCCAUCCCCUCAGUUUUCUUGUCUUGCUGUUCCCUCUCUUUCAAAAUGGAACUGGGAAAGUUCAGGCCCAGCUCUAGUGACAACCGCAGGAGAAAUUCUCUUCCAAACAACUGUUGCUGCGGCUUUUUUUGAGUUGAGAGCAUCAGGUUUGUGUGGACGCUUUUGUUCAGCCUGUGGGGACACGUCCACAGCUGUUGAAAGAUGAUUCACUCUAAGGUGAAGGUCAAUGCCCAUACCAGAAGCAAGCCUGGUAAUAGUGGGGCACUUAAUUGGGGGAAAGCAAUUGAUGUCCACUAAAGUCCUCAUCCCCGCCAUGGUAUGCCCCCAGUGGAGGGUGUGUUGGGGUGGGGCGGGCUUGUGACUAGUUUGCAGCUUCUGGUGGUUGAGAGGGGCAUGGAAAAGAGGUGGGGAUAGGUGUUGGACAUGAAUUCAAAGGCAUUCUGUGCCUGAAGAGGAAGUGGGUUUCGGGAAUUGGGGUAGGAGGCUGACUGAGAGUCAUCCUCCAUCCUAGUUUGCUGCUGGCCUGGCCCACAACACCUCUCUCUCCAUCACUCACCUGCCUUUGGGGCCUAUCAAUGAUCGUGGUCUUUGGGCGCGUGCAGUACUGGAAGCUGCCACCAGUUCCUGAGUGGCACUGCUGAGUUACUUGUCUCUGAUUGGUUGACAUCUUUCGGCUGGCAGAGAGGUAACAAGGGACCCUCUUCAGCUGAUGGCUGGCAGCCAUAUCACCUCUGAUAAACACCACUUCAAACUUCUUCCAGCCAGCAGACUGUGUGACAUUUUCACCUAAUCAGUCCGGCCAACUUUCUAGUCCCAAGGAGUGAUAGGAUAAUGCUUUAAGCACAUGGUGUCUAUCACUUACACACAUGUGAUUGAUUUUCUCAACUAAAAAUGAGAGUUUUCUCGAAAAGAUAACAUUUAGCCGGCUACGUUCAAUUUAUAGCAUUGUGUGAUUAUUGAAUGUAGCAGCUUUUCAGAGUUCUUGCCUCAGUAACCUAAGCUGCCAUUUUCUGUAAUAAGGCUUUUAGUUCAAUAUGUAACAUUAUGCGGUCUUUUUAUAUGAUUGAACAUAUCAUUUGCUGCUGACUUAAUUAAAAACAACACAAAUAUAUUUUUUAUCU